CUUCCACCUACGGAACCAGAAAACAACACCCAUCAUAUCACAUCACUUGCGUGCAAAUGCCACAAACCAAACUUGGGAGCCCAUGCAAGAAAGGCACAAGGAAACCUAGGAGCCCAUGCCACCCAAGCCGGGACGGCGGCGGGUGCGGGUCGAUCGGCGGCCGUGAGUGGAACACCGGCCGACUACGCUACACCCUACACGCAUAGGGCCUCGCUCGCAAGUCACUGAUCCGAACCACCCACAAGCAAUGCUUGUCUUACUCCGAUCACGAAGCAAGCAACUCUAGUAGACUAGCACUCUACCGACAAGGAAAGAAAGAAGAAGAUUACCGACGAAAUCUCCCUUCCUUUCUCUUACUUCCCAGCCUGGCUCACUCCACCCGCUGCCACCUUAAAGAAACCAACCAAUGCAGAUUAUCCAUCGAGCUCGAGCAAGCACCCAUCCAUCCGUCUAAAACCCCUGAUCCGAAGACAAAAGAUACUAUCAGAGUAACCAUGGGGCUGUGCGCGUCGAUGCUGCGACGGAGGGCCAAGCAGCGGCACCCGGAGCCGAGGCGCGGCACGCCGACGGCGCUGUUCGUCGUCAGAGGCGAGGGCGACCGCCGGCCGGAGCCUCUGGUGCUCCGUGUGCAGGACUCCGGCCGACCGCAGCUCCAGAAACCACCUGCCAACGUGGCAUCCAGGAGGCACGAGAGAUGCAGCCGGCAGCAAGGCGCGGACGCGCCGGACAGGAUGGUCGUCUCCUGCGCUCAGCCUCCUCGGUUGGGUACUGCCAGAAGCACCGCCGGUGUCGAGCCAGGUGCGACGCCGCCCACGCGCAAGACGGCGACGCCAGCCGGCCGAGGGGCCCCCAUGACGCCGGGGCGGUACGGGACGCCGUCGACGGCACCACCAACGACAACGGCGUCGCCGCUCAUAGUGCCGGGGACGCCGGCGUCGACGGCGAUGACGCCGGGGCGGCCGGUGUGGCAGAGGAGGAUACUGAUGGGGAUGCGGUGCGAGCUGCCGCGGUUCAGCGGCCUCCUGCUCUACGACGAGCACGGCCGGCCGAUGCACCUCGCCACCCCGGGCCGAAGGAACCACCGCCAGGGGAAGAAGAAGACUGCCAGUGCCAGUGCCAGGACACCUUCCACCACAACCCUCAGGGACCUCCUAUAGUUAGUUAGUUGGGACCAGUUGACAGAGGCGGAAGGAAUACUCUGCUGUAAAACAGCAAACACAAGUCAUGUGAAUAUGUGAUAUAUGAAAUGGAUUCGUUGUACAUGAAAGACAUGGACCCUGAAAUCGAACGCUUGUCAUUGCAAUUUUAA